AUGUCUUGCGAGAGAAGCUUGAGUGACUUUACGGUGAGUGGCCUCAAGGACAUUUUACGAGAGUUGAAAGCAUCGACAGUAGGCGUGAAGGCCGAAUUGAUUUCGAGAAUCUUAGAGAUAGAUCCGACGGGUGAUCGGACGUCACACGUAUUGACGAAGAGAAACGAAAGACAAAAUGAGAGCAGUGCGAGCGUAAAUUUUCGGGAGGCGGAUGAAGAGUCAACUCUUCUUCGGCGAGAGAUGGAGGUGUAUCGGCGAGAAAAGGAGUUGCUAGAGCGAGAGUUGCAAUUAGCUCGCCGAGAAAUAGAUCUAAUGAGAAUGACGCAGAAUGCGAGGACAAAUGGACAUGAUUUUGGAGCGGUGAGCCCAUCGGUAUCGCAUGCAUCUGUUGGACGGCCAAGUCUGAACAUCGUCGCUGAUUCUUUGAGUCAUUUCGAUGGCAGCAACAAUCUAUACAAAGCCUGGAAGAAACGAGUUAAGUCGCUCAGAAAUGCCUACGAGCUGACAGAUGAUUUGACCAGACUCAUGAUAGGCGCAUGCCUGAAAGGAAAAGCACAGGAAUGGUUCCAUUCGGAUCCUAGUUACUCGGACUUGCCAGUGGACGAACUCCUGAACGAGAUGAGGGCCAUGUUCUUCCACGAACCCAGCAGAAUUCAGACGAGAAAGCAGUUUGAGCAACGCAUGUGGCAAAGAGGUGAAACAUUUUGUGAAUACCUACAUCAAAAAGUGAUAUUAGGAAACCGAGUCAAAAUCGAAGAAGCAGAGAUGAUCGAGUAUAUCAUUGAGGGGAUACCGGAGCCUGCCCUGAGAGACCAGGCGCGGAUCCAGCGUCUCAGGACGAAAUCGCCGCUGUUGGAGGCGUUUGAGAAGGUGACCUUGCGCCCGAGAAAUCUAUUCAGCCGUGAUCAAGAUGCGAGAGGGCAGCGAAACAGCGUAAACGAAAAGCGAAACGUAGCUCAGGUAAAGCGUUGUCAUAAUUGUGGCGUACAGGGACACUUAGCGAUGGAAUGUCCUUCAAAAUCGAGAGGCGCGAAAUGUUUUGGUUGCGGGGAGUUCGGGCAUAUCGCGGCGAAGUGCCUAAAAAACAAGAACGAGGUAAGGGAAGUAGGUGAAGUCUCAAAGUCGAGUCACAACAGCAAAUAUUGUAAAGACGUAAAAAUUCGAGGUAAAAAAAUAGUAGCCUUAAUUGACACUGGUAGCGACUUAUCGCUGAUGCGCGAGAAUGAAUACCGACGGUUACAGUUUCCCGAAAUGACUCAGCAGGAGAUUGUGUUUCGCAGAGUAGGCUCGGAAUAUUAUAAAACGUUAGGUAAAAUCGACGUUGAGAUCGAAAUUGAUGGUGAAUAUUUUACCAUCUCAAUAUUUGUAGUGCCGAGUAGCGUGACACAACACGCGCUGCUUAUUGGAACGAAUUUCCUGAAUAAAAUAGAGUUAAAUAUCCGAGAGGGAAGAAUCUCUAUUAAAAAACCGCGUGCAGGACUUGAGACGUCGGGAGAGAUUCCUGAGAUAUUUAAUAUUGAGACCAUAGAGAAACCGAAGCCUCAGGAUGAUAAAUAUCGCGCGAUAAACAACAUACACAGCAAACAGUCUAGAUCUAGUGUCAAAGAAAUUGUAGAACAGUAUUGUCCGCAAGGAAUUAAAAAGAUAGGAGUUAAGUUAAGCCUAAUUUUAAAACAUGACGAUCCGGUAUGUGACAGACCGCGUAGAUUAGCGCCGUGUGACAAGCGUCUCGUUGACGAACAUAUUUAUGACUGGCUUAGAAGAGACAUUGUAAAACCGAGUACAUCGGAAUAUGCUAGUCCGGUGAUUCUCGAAAAAAAAAAGAACGGCCGAACUCGACUUUGUGUUGACUAUAGAAAACUGAAUAGGAAAAUCGUGAAGGAUCGAUAUCCGUUACCGUUAAUCGAAAACGUAAUAAGCGAUUUGCAGGAAAAGCGAGCGUUGCUGCGAGAACAAGCAAAAACGGCGAUCGAAAAAAUUCAGCGAGAAAACAAAAGAACCUACGAUCGUAAGCGAAAGAAUGCUAAUGUGUAUAAAUUGGGAGAUUGGGUAGCAAUUAAGCGAACGCAAGCCGCUCCAGGUAAAAAAUUUUGCUCUAAAUUCUUAGGACCAUAUGAAAUAAUAAAAGUAUUGCGAGGCGAUCGAUUUGUCGUUGCGAAAAUCGGCGAACACGAAGGGCCACGCACCACGAGUACGUCGGCCGAUAACAUGAAACGAUGGCUAUUGCCUAAUAAUGUAAUUAGCGAUGUUUAUAGCGACAAUUCCAAUGUCGAGAAUAAUGAAUCUAGCGCAUCGGAGGCCGAUGAUUAA